CUGUUUGUAUGGAAUAUGCUGAAGUUUGUCUCCAUCGUUUGCCUUUUUGCCUGCACAUUCGCAGAUAACUAUGACACUAACAGUCACUAUUCCAGGUAUGACGACUAUUAUCCCAAACCGUACGGACCAUUAGGUGGAGUCGGUGGAGUAGGCUCAGGACUUGUUGGCUCUGGUGGUGUCAUUGGAGGACUCCUCAGUCUGGGUGGUGGAUCUGCAGCUGCCGGUGCUGCCGCUGCAGGAAAUAGCGCAGCAGCAGCUGCUGCUGCUGCAGCUGGUCGAAAUGCUGCCUCCGCUGCAGCUGCCGCCGCUGGUCAAAAUGCUGCAGCUGCUGCCGCCGCUGCAUCUGCUAAUGGAUUCGGAUCAGUCCCGACCUUUCCAUACUAUGAUACUCCCUACUAUGGAUUCAAUUUAGGAGGAGGAUCAGCUGCUGCCGCCGCUGCUGCUGCAAGCAGUGGCUCAGCUGCCGCCGCUGCCGCAGCCGCUGCAUCUGCCAGCGGACUCGGAUCAUUCACAUCGUUUCCAUACUUUGGUGCCCCCUACUAUGGAUUCACUCUGGGAGGAGGAUCAGCUGCUGCUGCCGCCGCAGCCGCUGCCAGUGGUGGUUCUGCUGCUGCCGCAGCUGCAUCUGCCAGUAGAUUUGCAUCAUUCCCCUAUUAUUAUGGGAACCAAGUUAGCUUUCCCUACUAUGGAAUCAAUCUAGGAGGUGGAUCGGCUGUCUCCGCCGCUGCUGCCGCUGCUGGACAAAAUGCUGCCGCUGCUGCCGCCGCCGCUAGUCAAAACAUUGGACUUUUUGGUCUUGGAGGAAGUGGUUCAGCUGCUGCCGCCGCUGCCGCAGCCGCACAAAAUGCCGCUGCUGCCUCCGCUGCUGCUGCAUCCGGAAGUGUAUUCAACGGACCUAUUUUUGGCGGCAUUAGACCUAAAAAGGUCUAUUAAAGAAAGGAGAUCUUGUGUCUUGUUUGGUAAAAAGGAUAAAAUAAAAGAUAUAAAAAAACCCAG